AUGACAACAAGAAAUUCCAUCCACCAUCGACCAAAAUUCCUCCAUUUAGAAGCUUUUGUUGCUGAUGAAAGAAUCAGCUCCAGCGACGAAGAUGAUUUUGAUAACUUCGAGAUGAUCAAAUUCGACAUCUGGAACACCAACGACGAUUAUCAUAUCAACCCACAAAUCCCCAUCUCGAAAUCAAUGGUUACCUCAAGAAAACAACCUAUAAAACCUCCACGAAGCAACCAAAGAACACUGCCCAGCUCUGGAUCACUGCCAGUCGACGUACCGGACUGGUCAAAGAUCCUCCGUGAUGCUUACAAACAAUCAGACAACGAUCAUGUUGAUGACGACGAUAGUCGUGGUGGAUGCGAUGAUCACUGGUUGCCACCACAUGAGUAUUUAUCGAGGGUUAGGAGUGCUUCUCUUUCAGUACAUGAAGGUGUUGGAAGAACUCUUAAAGGGAGAGAUUUGAGUAGACUUAGAAAUGCCAUUUGGAAGCAAACAGGUUUUGAACAAGAUUAG